ACUACAAUCCGUGCAUUUUGUGAAGGCCCGCUUGGAACCUAUUCGUUAUCAGAUUUUACUGAUCCCAGCCUUGAUUCGUCGGAAGAGCGAAGAUGACCUCAACACCUGAACCAGCCGACUCGAGCCACUUUCUGGGCAAGCUCGAGGUGCUUAAAGAGAUCCGAGUCCGCACCGUGCAGUUGGACAAGAUCAAAAAGAAGCUCACGUCUGAAGUUGAGGCUACCGUCAACGAGGAACGCUGUCUCGACGAAUACAGGACGGAAUUGGAGCAGCUCAUACAGGAGAAGAUGGCUCACGUUGAGGAACUGCGCCAGAUUCAUCAGGAUAUCAACGCAAUGGAACAGGUGAUCAAGCAGGCGCAGGAAGAGAGGAACCGCCGUCUGGAUCUCGCCAAGCAGCUCAAUCAUGAAGUUCGUCGGCUCAAAGACGUGGUCGACUCCUAUCGCGGCGAAAUCGGUCUCACGAAACUACCUGAAGUUCACGAUGACGAGCCACUUCUGAAGCCCGAGUUUUUCGAGCGACAACGUUUCGAUAUCCAACCUAGUUCCCAUCAGGACAUGGGCGCUGCGCCUCAAGUGCUGCCGGUGCCGACUGAUAAUCCGAUCCUUCAGCAACAACAGCAACAGUUGGCGAGCGCAGUUCAACAGAUGCGUCAACGAAGUGGAAUAAUCGAGCGACCUCAGAGCUCAGCCGCCUUCAGACAGCAGCCUCCGCCGAUGAAAAGCUGCCUAUCCUGCCACCAACAGAUUCAUCGCAAUGCUCCGAUAUGUCCCCUGUGCAAGGCCAAGUCGCGCUCUAGGAAUCCCAAGAAGCCGAAGAGGAAAAUGGAAGACUAAGUCGAGUGAUCCUCCUUAGCUGCAAUACCCAAAACAAUGUGGAAUUCUUUCUACGUUGUGACCAUGAUCUCUAUGAACUCGAAAGUUUAAGACGAUGACGAGCUACAUCUACACCUUAACCCAGCGAGGGCAGCUCGCCUUUCCGGACGCGAUUCC